AUGGCGAUGAACAAGAUUCGCGGCGCCUUUGCGGUGCCUAGAAAAGGAGAGACAUUUGAAUUGCGAGCUGGCCUUGUCUCCCAGUAUGCCUACGAACGGAAAGAGUCAAUUCAGAAGACAAUUAUGGCCAUGACGCUAGGAAAGGACGUAUCUGCUCUCUUCCCCGAUGUGCUGAAGAAUAUCGCAACGGCCGAUUUGGAGCAGAAGAAGCUGGUCUACCUGUACCUCAUGAACUACGCUAAAUCACACCCCGACCUUUGCAUCCUCGCCGUGAACACGUUCGUCCAGGAUUCGGAAGAUCCAAACCCAUUGAUUCGAGCUCUUGCUAUUCGUACUAUGGGUUGUAUUCGGGUGGAGAAGAUGGUGGAUUACAUGGAGGAACCGCUGCGCAAGACCCUCCGAGACGAGUCGCCAUACGUCCGUAAAACAGCUGCUAUCUGUGUGGCUAAGCUUUUUGAUCUGAACUCCAGCUUGUGUCUUGAGAACGGAUUCCUGGAGAUGCUGCAGGAGAUGAUCGGAGAUCCCAACCCGAUGGUUGUGGCCAACUCAGUGACCGCACUUUCGGAAAUUAGCCAUACUGCGCCCGAGACUAAAGCUCUCCAGGUCACCCCCAACACAUUGCGCAAGAUGCUCAUGGCAUUGAAUGAAUGCACAGAAUGGGGCCGUGUGACUAUCCUCUCGACACUGGCUGAGUACCGGGCAGCGGACAUCAAGGAGUCGGAGCACAUUUGUGAGAGGGUUUCGCCUCAGUUCCAGCAUGUGAACGCUAGUGUCGUUUUGGCGGCAGUCAAGGUUGUGUUCUUGCACAUGAAAUACGUUGGCCCAGAGCUGGCGAAGACAUAUCUUAAGAAAAUGGCUCCUCCGCUUGUAACACUGGUAUCCUCCGCACCUGAGGUUCAAUAUGUGGCUUUGAGAAAUAUUGAUCUCCUGCUGCAGAAGCAGCCAGACAUUCUGAAUAAGGAGCUACGUGUCUUCUUCUGCAAAUACAACGACCCGCCAUAUGUCAAGUUCCAAAAAUUAGAGAUCAUGGUGCGAAUUGCGAAUGACAAGAACGUUGACCAGCUCUUGGCGGAGUUGAAGGAGUACGCUAUGGAAGUUGAUAUGGACUUUGUCCGGCGCGCGGUCAAAGCGAUUGGCCAGGUUGCCAUUAAGAUCGAGAGCGCCAGCGAGAAAUGCGUGAACACGCUAUUGGAUUUGAUUAACCUGAAGGUGAACUAUGUCGUUCAGGAGGCCAUCGUUGUUAUCCGUGAUAUUUUCCGCAAGUACCCAGGUUACGAGGGUAUCAUUCCAACUCUGUGUCAAUGCAUUGACGAGUUGGAUGAGCCUAAUGCUCGGGCUGCCUUGAUUUGGAUCGUUGGAGAGUACGCUGAGAAGAUCAGCAAUGCUGGUGAUAUUCUAGGUGGCUUUGUGGAUGGAUUCAACGAAGAAUUUUCUCAGACUCAAUUACAGAUCCUCACCUCCGUCGUCAAGCUCUUCCUCAAGCGGCCUGAGAAGGCCCAAGGCCUGGUCCAGCGUGUUCUUCAAGCAGCCACCGCGGAAAAUGACAACCCAGAUGUUCGGGACCGAGCUUACAUUUACUGGCGUCUCCUUUCCAAUACAAGCGAUCAGGAUGCCACUAAGAGCAUUGUUCUUUCAGACAAGCCCCCCAUUGUUACAACCACCUCCUCAUUACCACCUGCCCUUCUCGAGCGACUCCUCCAGGAGCUGUCCACUCUAUCAUCCGUCUACCACAAGCCUCCAGAGCAGUUUGUCGGACAAGGUCGCUUUGGUGCGGAUGCCGUUCAGCAAGCCGCUAUCGAGGAACAACGUGAGAACGCUCGCGAGAACCCACUGGCUGCUGCUGCCGCUGCUGCCGUCAGCGGUACUACACCUACUGCGCAGGCGCAAAACAACGUCGAGAACUUGCUGGACAUCGAUUUCGACGGUGGCGCCCCCGCAUCUGCGCACAAGAACGAGUCUGGCGGUAUGUCCGGCUUAGAGGGCCUUGCCGGUACUCCCGUGCGGGUCCAGUCCCCAGCAGUUGGAGCUCCUGCCCCCGCUCCGGCAGGCAACAACAACUUGGAUGACUUGCUCGGCGUGUUCGGUGACUCCGGCCCAUCUCAGCCCCCGUCAAGCGGUGCUGGUGAUUUGAUGAAUGGCUUCUCUGGUCUUGAUCUGUCCGGUAGCACAUCUCCGGCGAACAACAAUCAGCCCAAGAAGACUAACGAGGACAUCAUGUCUCUCUUCUAG